AGGCGGGACUGAACGAAGUUACAAAGGCGGAUCGAGUUCGAAGCCGGCGUGCUGUGGCGCGUCGGAAACGGACCCCUUUUCCUCUUUCCCUCUCACUCUCUCACUCUUGUUUAUCCGCGAACGAGGAAGCGAGUGAGAACGUGCGGUGUUCGGCGCGAUCGCGCGCGCGGCCCACGACUCGAGUCGCCGACGUCGAGGAACGUCGUACGCGCGGACAAGAGAACGAGCACCUGCCGUUGCUUUUUCUCUUAACCCCUCGUAGCCUAACUAAACAACCAAAAGGCUCUAUAAGAUUCCCAUCGAGAAAACCCAUCUAAUCGGGCUGUGUGUUUUUAUUCAACAAGGAGGACUAUUGUCUUCGAUUAUAGGAUGAAUACGAGAACAAUCUCGAUCUUCAUCGGGAUGAGCAGAACGAGAAGACAGAAGAAGGGUUGUUGUUGUUGUUGUUGUUGUUGUUCGCUGGUGAGCUGCUGAAGAGAGAAGAUACUUACUGUCUUUUAUACUUUUUUUUUAUUUCUUCAAUCAUCGAAUUCUUUUUCUUCUUAUUCUUAUUCUUAUUCUUUUUACUCAUCUUUAUUGUUAUAUUGUUAUUUUUACUUCUUUCUUACUUUCUCGUAAGUGAUAAAAAAAAGAUGUUGGUGCCGCAAGAAAUGAUGGCGGCUCAAUCGAAGAUGCUUUAUCAAAUCAACAAAUAUUACGGGGAACGCGUCCAAGCACGUAUGGGACAGGUACAAAAAACGAUAAGAGAAGUUUGUAAGGUAGUGCAGGAUGUGUUAAAAGAGGUCGAGGUCCAAGAACCACGCUUCAUAUCCUCAUUGACCGAGUGCAACGGUCGUUACGAGGGUUUAGAAGUGAUUUCGCCGGGUGAAUUCGAGGUGGUACUUUACCUUAACCAAAUGGGCGUUUUCAACUUUGUCGACGAUGGCACCCUGCCGGGUUGUGCCGUUUUAAAACUUAGCGACGGCCGCAAGAGGUCCAUGUCACUUUGGGUAGAAUUCAUCACCGCGAGCGGUUACUUGUCCGCGAGAAAGAUUCGAUCAAGAUUUCAGACCCUGGUCGCCCAAGCAUGUGACAAGUGCACUUAUCGAGACUCCGUUAAGAUGAUAGCGGAUACGACUGAGGUGAAGCUGCGUAUUCGAGAGAGAUAUAUUGUUCAAAUUACCCCGGCAUUCAAGUGUUCCGGCGUUUGGCCGAGAUCGGCAGCUCAUUGGCCGAUCCCACAGAUACCCUGGCCUCAUCCUAAUCUCGUCGCUGAAGUCAAAACUGAAGGUUUCGAUCUUCUUUCCAAGGAAAGCGUUGCGUUACAAGGGAAACAAUCGGCAAUGGAAGGAGACGCCUGGGUCUUGAGUUUUACCGAAGCCGAAACUAGACUCUUGCAGGGUGGUUGCCGACGCAAAUGUUUGAGCAUCUUAAAAACUCUCAGAGACCGACACCUUGAUCUUCCUGGCAAUCCCGUUACGAGUUAUCAUAUGAAGACCUUGCUCCUUUACGAGUGCGAAAAACAUCCUCUUGAAGCAGAAUGGGACGAGGCUUGUUUGGCAGAUCGAAUGAACGGCAUUUUCUUGCAACUUAUUUCCUGCCUUCAAUGUCGAAGAUGUCCACAUUAUUUUUUACCAAAUCUUGACUUGUUCAAAGGAAAAUCACCCAGUGGCUUGGAGAACGCCGCCAAACAAGUUUGGAGACUGACCAGAGAAUUGUUGACCAACAGCCGUGCUCUCGAGAAACUUUAGCGAUCCUUCCAUAAAUGCAACAUAUCUUUCGCGAUAUUUCAAAGAUAAAAAGGAAAGAUGAAAAUGCACUAAAUAAACUAUUCUUGAAAUAAAAGCCUUACUUUAGUUCGCUAGAUCACUUCGUGCAAUAACGUUAUAUUCAUUCAGUGUAAUUAUCUUUACUUACUUUAGGUAGGAAACAUGUUUGACUCGAAACGUCAAAGUUUUUGUUUUAACGUAAUGCUUUUCGUUUACUUCGCUAAAUAUUUGGUUUUAAGGCCAGAAAUUGUACUUUCUCUUACUAAACUCGUUGCCUAUCUACGUCUAUUAUACACCAAUGCAAAGCGUACUGUAAUUCUGUCUCUUUAUAGAGAUUUUAUAAAUAAUAUUAAAAAACAUUUAUAAAACCAUUUUUAUCAUCGAGCAUAUGACAAAAGAAAGAACUGCGAUUUCAUUGAGCAUUGUUACGUGUAAAUAAUUUUUGAUAUUAUUUAAAUUAUAUUUAUUAUUACAUAAUCGAAUCGCUAUUAAAAUUAUAAAACGAUGUAAAU